AUGAAGCGUCAUGGUGCUGAAGGCGGUGACUACCCUCGUGGCAGCAACACCAAGCGCCAACGUGGUGAUGGUUAUGCCGAAGCAUUGGCCGCUGGAAAAUUCGAGUUGCGCUUUUUGGUCUCGUCGAAGAGUGCUGGUGCUGUGAUUGGAAAAGGCGGCGACAACAUCAAGCGCCUCCGAUCGCAGUUCGAUGCCAACGUCUCUGUCCCCGAUAGCCAGGCCCCCGAGCGUGUGCUGACGAUGAUCACUUCAUUCGAGAACAUCUUGCCCAUUUCUCAGGACGUGCUUCCGAAACUUGAGGAGCAACCAACUGAAGGCAAACGUGAAGCGAAGAUGUUGGUCCACAUGUCUCACGCUGGUGCUAUCAUCGGCAAGGCUGGAUCUAAGAUCAAGGAACUGCGUGAUGAAACUGGCUGCAAUAUUAAGGUCUUUUCGGAAUGCGCGCCUCAAUCGACGGAUCGCUGUGUCCAGAUCACUGGCCCAGAGCAAAGUCUUCCUGGGGCUGUUAAAGCUAUCGUCGAGCUGGUCAAAGGGAUCCCCAUCAAGGGAGCCACCCGCCAAUACGACCCGACCAAUUACGACCCAAUGCUUGCAGCUGAAUACGGCGGACACCCUCUUGGUGAUCGCUCUGGUGGACCUCCGAUGCGAGCCGGUGGUGGUGGUGGCGGUCGCUUCAACGGUGGCCCCAUGGGCGGACCUCGCGGUGCUGGUGGUCCGAUGAGGGGAGGACAAUUGGGAGCGAUGGGAGAUUUUGGUAUGACAUUGUCUCUUUUCUUCAACAAG